UCAACAGACGAAACUUCCUGGAAAUUGCCAUGGCUGAUUUUGCGCCCACGCUCCCACCAUUUAACCCCUCAACCUUCCUCUUGCCUUCUCCUCAACUUCCUCCUCUCUCCUUCUUCGCGUCUUCCUCCUUCCUUUCUCUCUCUGCUUUCUCUCUCUUCAUUCUUCUUUCUCUGAAAAUCUCUGGACGAUGAUGAAGCUCGUCAAGAUCAACCCGAAAAAUCUCAAGCUCAGCCCCAAAGGCCCCUUCCGAUCGAGCAGCAAGGAGAAAUACACUCCUUCCAAGUCUGAUCCGCCGUCGUUUGGCUCCGGAACGACGUCGUCUUCUUCCUCCUUGUCAGAUCUCAAGGCCGGCGCCGGCGUUGGCGGUUCGGUUACUCCGACGAGCGUUCUCCCCGAGAUAUCGGGAGAUUUGUCCGAUUUCUCGGCCGAUAUUCACUCGGAGCUCGCCGAGGCCUUCAAAUUGAUAGACCGAGACAACGACGGAAUCGUCUCGAGGAAAGAGCUCGAGGCGCUGCUGAGCCGACUCGGCGGCGUCGGCUCCAUCUCGGAAAGCGAGGAUUUUGUGGCGUCGAUGCUGAGCGAGGUGGACGGCGGCGACGGCGAGGGAUGCAUCAGCGUGGAGGCGCUUAUGAGCCGAGUCGGCUCGGCGGCGGCUUGCGAGCCGGCUGGCGACUCGGAGCUGAGAGAGGCGUUCGAUUUCUUCGACACCGAUCGCGACGGUAGAAUCACGGCGGAUGAGCUCCACAGCUUCUUCACUGCGAUCGGCGAUGAGCGGUGCACGUUACAGGAUUGCCGGCGCAUGAUAGACGGCGUGGGUAGGAGCGGUGAAGGGUUCGUCUGCUUCGAGGACUUCUCCCGUAUGAUGGAGCUGCAGAGACUCUCGUGAUGAUCAUCAUGAUGAUAUAAAAUAAAAUCAUGAUGUUCUUUCUCAUCUUGUUGCUCCUGAUGUUAGAAUUCAAAAAAAAAAAAAAAAAAAAUUUAUUAUUUCUUUUUUAUUUUUUUCCUAUUUUAUUGGUGUAUGGUUUCCCUUCUACGGUGAGAGAUAAAUAUUAAACAGAAAGUCAGGUGAUCGGACGGGUGUGAGUGGCUGAUCUAGAAGUUUUAGAUAAACUGUGUUUCCGACUCAGUAAAUAUAUGAGAAAGGAGAAAAAAAAAAAAAUCAUCUUC